GCUGGGCUGGGCUGGCCCACUCGGCCCACAGUGAGGUAAUGUUUCUCUUAGUUGAUUUUCCACUCGCCAAACAGUUCCACCUUUUUUGUUCCCAAAUUGGCUAAUUACCAGUUCCACUUUCUUCUUCCCCUACCCUCUUCUUCUCCUUCCGAGAGCUGCAUCACCUGCAUCUUUUCGCCAAAAACCCCUCUGCAAAACUCUCUCUGAUGACAAUUGCCCUUUCCCUCCUCCAUUUCCCUUCCUCCACUACUCGCCUCGACUCCUUCUCUUUUCUUCCUCUCCGCGCCCACCUCCCCUGAACAUUCCAUUCCCGCCGCCGUCAGAGAGCUCUUCUUUCCGGUAGAGGCGCCUCGGAAUCAAACUCCUCCGUUGGUUCUGGGUUCCCUUUUCGUGGAGAGGGAUUGAUUGAUGCCCGUUUUUCCUUCUUGAUGAUUCCGUUGGCGAGCUCGGUCAAAGGCAUUUCGUGGUGCCUCAUCCACCUCUUCAGCUUGGACUUCAGUUUCCUGGGAGUUGUGUCUGAUCUGCUUUCGGAUCUCCGUGGUAUUGAUUUUUCUGAGUUCUGGUCAGUUUUAUCUACCGCCCACUUCCUGUUCGGAAGAAUUAUUUGAGUUGCUUCUCUCUCUUUAGUCUUACCCUUUGGCUCCCAAAACCUUGGGGUGGUAGGUGCUAGGGUUUGAUGAUCGGAUUUUAGAUGGAUCGUCAUUUCCGAGUCGAUUAUUAGCUGUUUAGAGCUCUUUUGAGCUGAAAGGUUGUUGAUUCUGUCGCUGCCAGAGUUAUUGCCGAAUUUGGCCCGUUUUGUGGGUUUUGUUAGGUGAUCACGGUUAGAGGCGGCCCUAUUUGUUUGUUGAAGCGUGUAUCCCUUUACGCUAGUGGAGGGGCUGAGGGAGGGUUACCCUUUUCCGAUAUUACUUGAGAAAUCAAUAUUUGGUUUCAUUUUAGGAGAUGGGGCUCAUAUCCAUUUCUGUGAAAAUGAGCAACCAUCAGCUAUGUAAUUAGUGUUGUUGAUAGGUUUCUGGUGCUUUUUAAGGUAGUAAUCGUACUGCCUGCAAAAAAUGAGUGCAAAAGAUAGGUUUUUUGUGGAAUGGAAAGAACAAUUUGUUUCACAAGAGCGUGGAAACCGCGUGGUUCACUAUUUCCUGAAAGAUUCUGCUGGGGAGUCCAUACUGGCGAUUGUGGGUACUGAGAGGAGUGUUAGACACAUGUUCUAUGUCGUUGCUGAGGAGUUUGUGCAAGCUUAUGGUGCUGAAAACGCGAUUCAUACUGGCUUUAAAUGGAGGUCGAGGAGAGAGGUUGUAGAUUGGCUUACAUCUAUGCUAUCAAAGCAGAAUGUACAAGGCGAUCAUUCCAAGUUGCAAAAAUGUGAUCUAGGACAAGCUUUGGAAUCACAAGACUUUCCUGUGACUAGUUCUGGUGGACAACAUACGCAGGGUCGACACUUGAGGAUUGUGAAUGGACAUCGUUCAGAAAUCGUAUGGUCUGGAGUUGCUUGGACUUGUGGGAAACAGCUCAAGCAUUUCCCAGCAUUUUGCAGGAAUGGAACAACUAUGGCAGCUCAAUCAUUCGUCUUUGUGAUGGCUGAAGGAGAGAAUCAUUAUGUUGCCUAUUUGGAAGACAUGUAUGAAGACAGGAGGGGUCAGAAAAAAGUCAGAGUAAGAUGGUUUCACCGUAACCAGGAAAUCAAGGGUAUGGCUCCUCUUCGAAGUGCUCAUCCGAAAGAAAUUUUCAUGACACCAUAUUCACAAGUCAUUAGUGCAGAGUGUGUUGAUGGUCCUGCCACUGUUUUAACUCGUGAACAUUAUGAGGAAUGUGUAGCUUCCAUUCCUAGUUCGUUUUCAGCCAGGAUUCAUUUAUGUUUCCGACAGUUAAGGAGCAAUAAAGUAAAACCUUUUGAUUUGAGUAAGCUUCGUGGCUACUUUGAUCAACCCGUUCUCUCUUGCUUGAGUUCAAAGCGUUUUCUUGAGGCCGGCGACACUGGACAUGACACAAAUGGUGAAGAAGAUGAAGAGUUCAGUGCAGGCGAAAAUGUAAAACUGGGAGUGAAAAGGGCCAGGAUCAUUGAAGAGCGUAGAAAUAUCGAGAAGGAUGGCAGCCAGAUGGCUGGUUUUCAAGCAUUCUACUCGGCUUUAAAACCCGGGAUUUCUGGCAAGCGACUGCUUCCUCUGAAUAAUGUUGAGCUUAAUCCUUGGAGCACUCCACUAUUCAAUGUUAAUGAGAAGAUUGAACAUUUAUGCCAAGAUAGUGGGAUAAGGGGAUGCUGGUUUAGGUGUACAGUUCUGCAGGUUUCCAGAAGACAAAUAAAAGUUCGAUAUGAUGACUUGCGGGACGAAGAGGAGUGCGGAAACCUUGAGGAAUGGAUCCCAGUUUUCAGAUUGGCGGGGGCUGAUAAACUUGGCAUGAGACGUUUAGGCCGCCUAACUAUCCGGCCAGCGCCUUCAGACAAAGAAACAAACCUGACCCUUGAGGUUGGGUCUGCGGUUGAUGCUUGGUGGAGUGAUGGCUGGUGGGAGGGUGUUGUGACCAGUGUUAACAAUACCAGCAACGAUGUACAAGUUUACUUUCCUGGUGAAAAGUUUGUUUUGAGCAUGCAAAGAAAUUAUAUUAGAACCUCCCAAGAUUGGGUGGAUGAUCAGUGGAUAGACAUUCAGCCAAAACCAGACAUACUCUCAGCAAUAUCCGCAACUAUAAAAUUGCCCAUUUGCUCAACUACCGCAAUGGGCAACAGAUGCAACGACACACCUGCACCCUGUGCUGAAAAUUAUCAAACAGAUAAUAUUGAAGAUGAAAAAACUGCUGAAACUACAUUGAUAAGCUCUGAUGGUGUUGAGGAAGAUAUGGACUCUGACAAUCUUAGCCAGCCUACAUCAAUUGACGAACCUAUGGAAUGUGGUGAUGGUAGACAGUCUAUACCGAGUGACAAGGGCCGUGCAGAUUGUGUUGAUGAUAUUUCAGCCAAUAAUAACAGUAAAGAAGAGGAUGAGAAUCCGUCCAAUGACAGUGUUCCUCCAGUUGAUGGAGUUGCUGACAUGGAAGUUACUAAUGAGGUUGUGGAGAAGAAAGUUGGUGCUGAUGAUAACAGCAGUGAGAAACUGGAGAUGGAGGUGUUUCCUUCUUCUGGUAACAAUUGCAAGUCUAUAGAACUCAUGGAAGUCUCGUCAUAAACUUCGAUACUGCUUCUGCUGGCCUUGGAUUGUGAUGGAGCUCCUGGUUUGCAUAUAGUUGGUUGAAGGGUUCCACUUGGAUGCUCUAUGUAAAUAGCGACUACUGAUAUGGGAAAUACUAAAACUGAUUUUCCCGUCUGGCAUUCAAUAGAGAUCAUAAAUCUACAGAUUGGUGUAGGGUUAGAUAUAUGUUAGAUUCUUGUGGUAGAUUUGUAGUGUACAAAGAUGGGGGGAUUCAAGCUUUUUGAUUGUUUUGGUCAAAAGCCCUCCAUAUUGAUGAGUCAGGAUUCUAAGUCUUGUCAUUAGCUCAGUUAUGUUGUGUUAAAUAUGUGUAUCAUAUAUGUGUUCAGUCUCCCAUCUAAUAUCAAGGUAAACUUACAUUA